AUUUUUCAAACGAAGAGUCAGUUAAAGUUACCAAGUUUUAAGUAUUUUAUUAUAAACACAAUACCACGUAAACGUUCUCAUUUGGAUUUCUUGAUUUCUCGAUACUUGAAAACUAACUCAUCAACAUUUCGAAACUUCGCGGGCUUGAUCUUGACAAUUGACGUCUUUGAAGUUUGAAGUGUGCUUGAAACAUAACCUCAUUUUUACUUUAAACCUGGUUUAAAGCACCGAUUGCCAGAAUUUUUGUAUUGUUAAAUGGUUAUUAUGCUCAAAACUAAUAAAAUGAAGUGGAAAAGUUUACAAGUAGUUGACCCAACUCUCACCUCUGAAGGUUUAAUAGCAGUGGAAGAAUGUACAGAUUAUAACCUUCUAAACGUGCAGAGCCUGAAACGCAAGACAAGUGUUACAGCAGAGAAACCACCCAAGAAAAAACGAAAACUUUUGCGCCAAAAAGCACCAAAAACUGUCGUUUUGACACCUUCUAAGAGCGGUUCGAGUGUUGAUACAGACGUAACUGUAGAUGAUGGUGUUAGACAUGAAGGCUAUGAAGCAUGGAUCAAUUUUGGGUUACCGGAGGCUAUUGUAAAAGCCCUGUGUGACCAAGAAUUUAAAGAACCAACUGCUAUACAACAAUUGACUUUGCCUGCUGCAAUACUAGGGCGCAGAGAUAUUGUUGGAGCUGCAGAAACUGGAAGUGGUAAAACGUUAGCUUUUGGCCUUCCAAUUCUGUCAGGAAUAUUAAAAGAAAAAGAGAGCAUUGGAGGAAAUGUGGUGAGAAAACCGUUGUAUGCUUUAGUAUUAACUCCAACAAGAGAACUAGCAAUUCAAGUGAAAAACCAUUUAGAAGCAGCUGCAAAGUUUACAGAUAUAAAAAUUGCUGUGGUAAUUGGUGGAAUGGCGUCUGUAAAGCAAGAAAGAAUCUUGAGUAAACGUCCUGAAGUUGUAGUUGCUACACCUGGACGCCUGUGGGAACUAAUUCAAGCUGGUAAUGAACAUUUAUCCCAGGUGGAUGACAUCAAAUACCUGGCAAUCGAUGAAACUGACAGAAUGUUAGAAAAAGGCCACUUUGAUGAACUCCACAAUCUGUUAGAACGUCUCAACUUUGACAAAAAGAAAUCUGAGCAAAGACAAAACUUUGUAUUCUCUGCAACACUCACUUUAGUCCAUGACUUACCAAAAUACUUAAUCAAAAAAACCAAAGUCGCAAAAAUGACCCCUCAGCAAAAGUUACAAAAAAUCAUAAACAUGUUGGGAAUAUCAAACCCCAAAGUCGUUGAUAUUACAGAAGGAGCUGCUGUUCCUGAAACAUUGACAGAAAGUAGAAUCAGUUGCGCGCUCAACGAAAAAGAUUACUACGUUUAUUACUUCCUGCAGAAAUAUCCAGGUCGAACUUUGAUCUUUUGUAACUCUGUGGGAUGUGUGAAGAGGUUGACAAAUCUACUGAGUGUCUUAGGGUGCCGACCAUUGCCGCUACAUGCUUCCAUGCAACAGAGACAAAGAUUAAAAAAUCUUGAACGAUUUCGCGAUGAUGAACGUGCAGUUCUAGUAGCGACAGAUGUGGCAGCUCGAGGUCUGGACAUACCUAAAGUCCAACACGUUUUACAUUAUCAAACGCCCAGAACCAGUGAGGGUUAUAUUCAUAGGUCUGGGCGAACAGCGCGUGGUUCUCAAGACGGUUUAACAGUUCUUUUAAUAGAGCCGUCAGAGAUUCAAAACUAUAUUAAGUUGUGCAGAACUUUAGAUAAAAGUAAAGAUUUGCCGGUAUUUCCGGUCCAAGAAGAUUACUUGAAGGCUGUUAAAGAAAGGGUUAAUUUGGCCAGAGAACUGGAUCAGUUGGAAUUGCAAAUUCGUAAGGGUAAUUCAGAAGAGGGGUGGUUGCAGAAGGCUGCAAAAGACAUGGAUAUCGUUGUUGACGAUUUCUGUAAAAAGUACGACAACAGCAACACGGCUUCCCAGAAAAAAGCCGCCGAUAUUAAAAGAAGACAGCUGCAUUUUUUACUAACUAAACCGAUUUUUCCUGAAGGAUUCAGUGGAAAAUAUCCCGGCAAUUUAGGAGACUUCACUUCAACGUUUGACGCUAGUUCAGCUAUUCAGGUUUUAAAAUCAACUGUAAAAAAGGAUUCAGGGAAAGUGAAUAUUCCAUUGUUUAAAGCUAGCAAAAUUAUGAAAAAAAAGAACAAAUAAAUAUAAUAUUUUUAUAUAAAUUCAAAACUAUUUGAUGGCCUGCAUUUUCGUAAAUGUUUUAAAUAAAAUGAAAUUAAAAUUCU